AAGAGGUGGAGGAGGGAAGCGCGUAGAGGAGAGAGCAAGGUGAUGCGUAUGUGAGACUCUUCGUCCCUCGCUCUUAAAUCGUGGAUCCUGGUUGUCUCAUAAAGGCGAGGAUGACCAGAUGCGAGCGGCUCCUCUCUCUGCUGCAUUCUCUGACUGAGGAGGGGGCAGGAAGAGAUCUCCAGAUAUUUUUGACUAACUCCCAGCAUUCCUGAGUAUUAGCAAUGCUGGUAGUGGUUUCUGGGAGUUGAAGCCAAAAACAUCGGGAGGGCACCAGGCGGGGGUACCUUGCUCCGCGUGAGCAGAACUUGUUUGUUCGCCGUGUUGUAAGCCUGUUUUGUGCUACAGGCCUGUAAGAUUUGCUUUUGUGUUUGAUUAGAGUCUAGAGAUCAUCAACAUAGGAAGCUAGAAACACAUGAAAUUCAGUUGGACCACAGGUCCAUCGUGACUACAAGUCUUUUACCGGACUACAAGUGCCAGGUGCAAAAUAGUGACUGAGCAAGGGAAAUAGAAGUUAUGAAUUAAGGAAAGUGCUUGCUGAGGCUAAGCAUGAGUGAUGCCUAGGAAAUAGACUAAUGGUUCCCAUGACAAAUGGGAGAAAAUCUGCCAUCUUUUGAGCCACAGGCAAUUUAAGUGGAGCUCACCAUAAGAAGUCAAAAGAGACAUGCAGUUCUUUGGUCGCCUUGUGAACACAUUCAACAAUGUCACCAAUUUGUUUUCAAACCCCUACCGGGUGAAGGAGGUAUCCUUGGCAGACUAUGCAUCUCGGAAACAAGUGAAGUGGGAAGACAGAAUAGUCUUGUAUGAGAACAGCUCAGCUCAUUCCUGGGACUGCCUCCUCAUUAACCCUCAGAAUCAAACAAAUGCCUUCCGGCUUUUCCAGAUAGAUAAUGAAGCAGAUGCCAGUGAGCACUUUGACCUGUAUUCAAAGCAGUUGCGGCCCUUCUAUGAGAGCUAUCGGGAUCCUUUGUCUCUGGAGACUGUGCAGCAACUGACAGACUGUUUCCGAAGCCACCCUAGCUGGUCUCUGGCUCAUAUAGCAGUAGAGGUUGGUCUUCUGGAGAGCUUCCGACACAAUCGCAUCUUGAGCUACAUAAACAGCAACAGCUCUGACAAUGAAUGUACUCCGUUGCACUUGGCUUGUCAGAAAGGAGACCUCGAGUGUCUGCGGGAACUGGUGGAGGAGUGCCAUGCCCGUCUAGAUCUCACAGACAAAAAUGGAGAGUCAGUCUUCCACUAUGCUGUCCGAGGAAGCAACCCGAAAAUUAUAGAGCUCCUGGGCAAGAGGUCAACUGCUGCUCUAGAUCACCUGAAUGAUGAAGGACAGAGUGCUUUGCAUCUGGCUUGCCAACUGGGCAAAGAAGAAGUGGUUCUCUCUCUCUUAAAAGUUAAUGCCAAGUGCGGUAACCUGGGAGUGCUGGGCUACCCCAUCCACACUGCCAUGAAACACAGUCAGAAAAAGUGCGCAGCUGUUCUUCUUGAUAAAGACAUCAGCCAGAUUCUAUUGGUGGACCCACGGUAUGGUGCCACACCCCUCCACUGGGCCAGGAAUGCUGAGAUGACCCGGCUACUGAUUGAUUAUGGCUGUGAAGUGAAUGCCCUCAGCACAACCGGAGAGUCAGCCUUGCACAUUGCAGUGCAGCGUGGGCGCUUUGACUGCGCAAUGGUGUUGCUGACACACGGAGCGAUGCCCAAUACCAAAAGGAAGGAUGGCAACACGCCACUGCACCUUGCCAUGAAGAUUGACCACCUGGAAAUGAUCAAGGCGCUUAUUGUGUUUGGAGGAGAUGUGGAAAUCCCCAAUGACUUAGGGGAGACAUCAGGGUUGCUGGCAGCCAGGACAAGCAAAGGUGCCAACCGAAAAGUGCUCUUAAAUCUGCUGAAAACUGUAGGGACUGAUCGCUUCCACCCACCUGGCACAGCCACAUCACCACCACCAUCUACUUCUACAUUUCCAGAAAGACUGCCAUCACCGUGGAACACUAAUCAAAACCUAGAAUUCCAUGACAUAGUCCAUAUCUCUACAGCGCUGAGUACCUUGAUGAAAAGAACCGAUAUGGUGGACUCUGCCACUGAUGUGAACAGAACCCAAGACCGCCUCCUCAGCCUGGACGGAGGGGGUGUCCGGGGCUUGGUACUCAUUCAGUUUCUCAUUGCAAUUGAAAAAGCUGCAGGGCGCCCCAUCAGGGAGCUCUUUGACUGGAUAGCAGGAACCAGCACUGGGGGAAUCCUUGCAAUGUGCAUCGUGCAUGGAAAGCCCAUGGACUACAUGCGCUGUUUGUAUUUCCGCAUGAAGGAUGAGGUCUUUCGGGGGUCACGUCCUUAUGAGUCAGAGCCCCUUGAGGAUUUCUUGAAGAAGGAGUUUGGAGAACAUACCAAGAUGACAGAUAUCAAGAAACCCAAGGUCAUGUUGACGGCAACUCUAUGUGACCGGCAUCCUGCUGAGCUCCACCUCUUCCGGAAUUAUACUCCACCAGAAGGGAGAUGCAGGUCCCAUUUCAAGUCAACAAGCACAUUCCAAGCACUGACCAAGCCAGAGGAUCAGCUGGUGUGGCAGGCUGCCCGCUCCAGUGGAGCUGCUCCGACAUAUUUUCGGCCUAUUGGACGGUUUCUGGAUGGAGGGCUACUGGCCAACAACCCCACCUUGGAUGCACUGACAGAGAUCAAUGACUACAAUAAGUCCUUAAUCCAGAAUGGACAGGGCCACAAAGUGAAGAGGUUGGGAGUUGUGGUCUCUCUCGGGACUGGCAAGGCUCCACAGGUUCCUGUGAGCUCAGUGGAUGUCUUUCGCCCCUCUAACCCUUGGGAACUGGCCAAGACAGUUUAUGGAGCUAAAGAACUGGGCAAGUUGGUGGUAGACUGCUGCACUGAUCCAGAUGGCCCCUGUGUUGACCGUGCAAGGGCCUGGUGUGAGAUGAUUGAGGCUCCUUAUUUCAGGUUCAACCCCCCUUUGGCAGCGGACAUAAUGCUGGAUGAGGUGAGCGAUGCGAUCCUGGUGAACCUGCUGUGGGACACUCAGCUCUACAUUUACCAGCACUGGGACAAAUUUGAGCAGCUGGUAGAGCAACUCCUAAAUCCAUGAUGCUUUCCAAGAUUCCAGGGUGUCAGUGAUGCCUCUCUAAAUAGUGAUUUGGAAUACCAACAAGGGCAAAGCAGGUUUUGUUGGCUUAUGGCUUGCCCCUUGCCCCUUCUCUUCAUCCCAAGAAACCAAAUGGAUGUUUUGGGGAAUAUACUCUGUGGAAUGUCUUUCAACUCCCACAAUUUUUGUACGUGGAGCUGCUGCUUUUUCUCCCGUAUGCCAACAACAACAACCUUAUGACUUGAGGAUUUCCUAACAUUUCCUGAGCAGUUUAGAGUUGGACAAUCCUUGGUCCUUCGUGGCAAGUAAGGCCAGAAUCUGAUACAUUGGUUCACUACUGCACUUUGCUGUCCCGAAUUUCACAUGAGUCAUUAAGAAUAAUGUUUAAUUGCUUGUUUUUUCAUGUUUGCAAGUCGGAUUCUUUGUUUCUGCUGUGUGGGAGCUAGAGUCCCUCAUUUUCCUGCAUGGGGGGAAAGAGUUAGUCUCCAACAAUUUGUGUUCAGUGGAACGGUUAUAAUCUUUGCGAGUUAUCAGCAGAAGGUUGGGAUCCUUUGGUCACUGUAGCCAGUAGUUCUUCAGCAAUGCAUUUCUUCUGUACCCUUUCCCAUUAUUUCAGAUUUCCUCUUUCAGGCUCCUGCCACCUCUGAAGGAGCCCAUUCUGAGUUGAGUGACAUUGAAGAGUGCAGGAAGAAAAGUGAAAUAGACACAUUAUAGUCAUAUUUGACCGUUGGUAGAUGUAGAAGACUUCCUGCCUCCUUAUCCUAACACAUUUCUUUAUAUGGACGAUGUAGGCUUGAGUGCAGAUUAACCCAAGCUAAUGAGGAAAUCUCCUACUGGCAGAGUCAGUGGUCAGGCUCAUACUUUAGAGGACAAUUUUCUUUCUGCUUUCCCAUAAAUUUGUUUCUUUAGUUGAUUUUUUCCCCCUAUCAAUGGUACUGCCUUUUAUUCUCAAAGGCAAGAAUUUAAAGUGCUGCUGUUAAUGCAAUUUAUUGUUGCUGCAUUUAAACUAACUUAAUUUUAAUUGAAUGUACUUUCUGAUGAAUGGUAUUUUGCACCUGCCUAAUACUUUUGUGAAUCAUUCCUAGUUUGGGGUGAUAUUACAGGCUGCUUUAUUUUCGCAAAACUGACUCAGAAUUCAAUAAAAGGAGGGUUAUCUGAAA